GCGCAGGCGCACUGUUGCGAGACGAAGUACGGGACUGGACAGAGCUAUCGAAGAAGCCAUGUCUCAGCUGGGCUUUGCGUGUCAGCCUCCUCUUGAUGUCGACAGGGAUGACUGUCUCCAGGAGUAUUCCUACCUCUUCAGUCCUGACAUUCUCAAGGGCAAAGUUGCAUUCAUCACAGGAGGUGGCUCUGGCAUUGGCUUCCGCAUAGCUGAGAUUCUGAUGAGGCAUGGCUGCCAGACGGUCAUUGCCAGCAGGAACCUCCAGAAACUGACCAAGGCUGCCCAGAAACUCUCAGCAGCCACUGGACAGAGAUGUCUCCCCCUCUCUAUGGAUGUCAGGCAACCACAGAUGAUCACGGCAGCUGUGGAUGAGGGCCUAAAGGCGUUUGAGAGGAUAGAUAUCCUUGUUAACAACGCUGCUGGCAACUUCCUGUGCCCAGCCAGCUCUCUGUCCUUCAAUGCCUACAAAACUGUGAUUGAGAUCGACACUCUGGGAACUUUCAAUGUCUCCAAAGUCCUGUACGACAAGUGCCUUCGCGACCGUGGAGGAGUCAUUGUAAACAUCACCGCAACCCUAAGCUACAAGGGCCAGGCUCUCCAAGUGCAUGCUGGGACAGCUAAGGCAGCCAUAGAUGCAAUGACAAAACAUCUGGCUGUGGAAUGGGGACCGAACAAAAUCAGAGUGAACAGCCUGGCACCGGGUCCCAUUCUGGGCACAGAGGGACAUCGGCGUCUAGUACCCCCUCAGCUGGAGGAAGGAAACCUCUACAAAACGAUCCCUCUUCAGCGGGCAGGGAAUAAGACGGAGAUUGCCCAUGGCGUCCUGUACCUGGCCAGCCCCUUGUCCUCCUACGUGACUGGCACAACGCUGGUGAUAGACGGCGGGAGCUGGAUGACCUCUGCGAACAACUUCCCGUCACUGUUGGGUAUUGCCUCAAACUCUGCUAAGCUCUAGAUUUCUGGACCACUGAAUUAAAGAAAGAUAAAUGAAAGACCCUCAGAGCCUCAUGGAGAGGCUGCUACUGCUCAGAUGCUUCUCCACGAAUAUCUGUGUGCAGCCAAAGGUGGCAGCCACCCAACUUCUCUAGCUGCAAAGUAAUUUAGUUGACAGAGGGAAUGACAAUCUUUAAGAUUAUUCUCCUUGGUGUCAAGAAGAGGAAGUUUUGAUUGAUAGCACAAGGACGUGGACAUUACAGAGUGUCCUAUAUUCUUUCAGCCACCUUUGCCAUAUUUUCAGCUCUCUGUUCAAUUUCAAAUUAAGUACUUGGUGACAUAGAACAGCUGCCUGGCAUGGCAGCAUAGAAGAAAGGGAUGUCCCAUCUGUACCUCUCAAUGACAGGAGUACAUUUGACUUGGUUUAAAUUUUCCUUUUUUACAAAUUCCACAUUUUCUGCCUCAUCCAUGAGGUUUGCCAUCCAAGCCUUUCUCAAGAAAGGCGUGUUCAUGUGUGCACAGGCAUGCAGAUGUGGUUAAUAUUUUCCCAUCAGCCUGAAUUGUCUGUGUCCAGUCACCACAAUUUCAGACCAAACUGCCAAUUUCACAUGUUUGUACAUUUAUGUUAGCUAAAAUAACCCCUCUGCCUCAUAAAUUCAAUUUGUAAUCCUUGUAGUUUGUCAAAAUUUUGUUUUCGAUAUGGGAUCACUUUCUAAAACAACAGCCAGGUACCGUGGGGGUCCUUUGCUCACGGGAAAGGGGUUUUCCCCUCUUGAUUAUCGUGUGCAUUAUGUUGCACUCACUAAAUCAUAACUCUGCCCCAAGGCACCAUUGGAUAAAUGUGUCAUUGAAGGGUGUGGAACUUAAGUCAGCCAUGCUGGGUAAGGUUGAUGGGAGAUUGAAGGACAAGGCUCUUAGUGUAGCUGUACAAUUUUGCAUACUUGGAAACAAAUGUGACAAUUACACGUACUAAUUUUCUUACAUUUCCAAUAAAUGCACCUACAGAUAACAAAUUCA